AUGUUUAAGGAAGUGUUGCACAGUGAGCGUUGGGAGGUCAAGGUGUGCAGCACGCGGUGAGACUAGGGGGGGAACCACUGACUCCACCAGGUACUGUACUGCUGCUUUACCCUAGGAGGGACGGGGUGACUAGAAGGAAGGAAGGAAAGGGAGGGUUGGAGCAUUGGAGAGGAGUGUGUGUUUGUACUUUAACACGCAGACACGUGGCACGUCCAUUCGUUGGAGUAGCCUAGUUUUGCUACACUACUGUGAUGCUACGAACUGUCUUGGCUUGUCACGUAUUCCAGUUGCUGGCUAGAAGUGUUUCUGCUGGGCAGUGUGUGUGUGUGUGUGUGGAGUUUCACAUAUUUUCUCUUUAUUAUUCUGGGUUUGUGUCAGCUGUUCCUAGUACUAGAUGUCCAGAUAUGCUACAUAGCCUGUUUGAGCCGUACAGCCAGAGCAUCCCCUCAGGCAUUCUACUACGCCAUCAGACCACAUAUACAGUUUGUAACACGGUACCUUUGAAGCUGUCCAGUUUAUUUAGUGGGCUUUUCUCUUGUAGUCUGCAUUGUUAGCUAAACGUCUUGGCAGGGCAGUUGGCCUCUUGUCAAGGUUUCAUUUUGUCUCUGCUUCCGAGAUGUUUGAAUGUGCAAAGCCAGCUUCGGAUACACCUUUGGGGAAUCUCUAUUUUCUCUCUCCUCUCUCGCCUUCACUCUCCCUCUCUUUGACCUUGAAGCAGUUGUCUGGACUAUCCUGGAUGAGAAAGGGAGGAUUUGGUGGAGUUUCUUCCUCAGGACUGACCAACAGGCUGUUUGUGUGUAGGAGUUGGAGUAUUAGUUGUUGGAACAUCAGCUAGCCUUUGGAUUUGUCAUGACAAAUCAGCCUCGAGUCUCAACUCUGUCUGGCCUGUCACUGGUCUCUUUCUUCCCUACUCUCUAAAGGCACUUCUCUCCUGACAGUGCCACUCCUCCCUUCACUCCUUCAUUGUCUCCCCUCUGUUGUCCGUUUGUCAAUCCCACUUCCCUUUUUGCAUCGUUUUUUUUAACCACUACUCCCUCCUUCAAUGCCAGUGAGAACUAGCGUAGUUAACCUUACCCCCAUGUCCUUGGUUUAAUUUUCAAACAGCCUGACAGGCUUUCUCUGCGCCACUGCGAUGUCAUAGAAUGAAAGUGGAUAUACCGGUUUGAUAAAUGAGCUCACAGAAGUGAAUGCCUGUUAUUGUUACUGCGUGUGUGAAUGUUGUGUGUGUGUGUGUGUGUGUGUGUGUGUGUGUGUGUGAGAGCCUCCAGUAGUGUGUGUGUGUGUGUCCUUCAGAAAUGGGGCUCAGGUUUAAAUGGUCUUUAUUGUGGAGAGAUUAGGCCCCCCAUUUAGUUAUUUGCCCUGCUACUCAUACUCCUGAGUGGCGCAGUGGUCUAAGGCACUGCAUCGCAGUGCUAACUGUGCCACUAGAUCCUGGUUCGAAUCCAGGCUCUGUCGCAGCCGGCCGCGACCGGGAGACUCAUGGGCGGCGCACAAUUGGCCCAGCGUCGUCCAGGGUAGGGGAGGGAAUGGCCGGCAGGGAUGUAGCUCAGUUGAUAGAGCAUGGUGUUUGCAACGCCGCCAGGGUUGUGGGUUCGAUUCCCACGGGGGGCCAGUAUGAAAAAAAAAAAAAAUGUAUUCACUAACUGUAAGUCGCUCUGGAUAAUAGCGUCUGCUAAAUGACUUAAAUGUAAAUGUAUCAGCUCUGUCCAGUUAGCUGAGGUGAUAUGACGGGACCAGGCCACACACACACAGGGCUUCUGGCCUCUGUGAUCCUUAUGCCUCUUCCACUCUGUGUCAAAACCACUGUCAGCUCCCCAAAUAAACACUCCUCAUUAAGCCAGUGGAAGAGGAGAAUCAAUGAAGCACAACAAAACACUCACUGCUUAUGAGGAGAUUCUCUCUUCUAUUCUACCCUUUUCUCUGUCUACCUGUCGUUUUACGCUACACUCAUAUCUCCCCUUGUACUGUAGUGAAUCUCCCUCCUAACGGUUUCCCUCCCUUUUGCAUGUCUAUCUUUCAUUUUACAAUCUCUCUCUCUGUGCUCUCUCUCUUCUCUCUCUCUCUCUCUCUCUCUCGCUCUUCUCUCUCUCUCUCUAUUGUAAAUGGAAUCCCCUUCUUACUGUUUCUCUCCCUCUUUCAUGUCUCUUUCAUUUUACAAUGCACUGAUCUCUCUCUCUUCUCUGUUACUGUUGUGAAUGGGAUCCCCCUCCUAACUCUGUUUCUCUCCCUGUCUCUCUGUCCAGCAGACCAGAAUCGGUAGAGGCCAGCCCUGUGGUGGUGGAGAAGUCCAGCUACCCGCACCAGAUCUACAGCAUUAACUCUCACCACUCCCACAGUUACAUUGGGCUGCCCUACGCCGUGAGUACACUCACACUUCAACACUACACAGCAGUACACACCAAUGCACUAUAAUGCAGUACACUGACACUACCAUACACUAUAUUACAAUACACUGACACUACCGUACACUAUAAUACACUACACUGACACUACCAUACACUAUAUUACAAUACACUGACACUGCCAUACACUAUAUUACAAUACACUGACACUACCGUACACUAUAAUACAGUACACUGACACUACCAUACACUAUAAUACAGUACACUGACACUACCAUACACUAUAUUACAAUACACUGACACUGCCAUACACUAUAUUACAAUACACUGACACUACCAUACACUAUAUUACAAUACACUGACACUACCAUACACUAUAAUACAGUACACUGACACUACCAUACACUAUAUUACAAUACACUGACACUGCCAUACACUAUAUUACAAUACACUGACACUACCAUACACUAUAUUACAAUACACUGACACUACCGUACACUAUAAUACAGUACACUGACACUACCAUACACUAUAUUACAAUACACUGACACUGCCAUACACUAUAUUACAAUACACUGACACUGCCAUACACUAUAUUACAAUACACUGACACUACCAUACACUAUAUUACAAUACACUGACACUACCAUACACUAUAAUACAGUACACUGACACUACCAUACACUAUAUUACAAUACACUGACACUGCCAUACACUAUAUUACAAUACACUGACACUACCGUACACUAUAUUACAAUACACUGACACUACCGUACACUAUAUUACAAUACACUGACACUACCAUACACUAUAAUACAGUACACUGACACUGCCAUACACUAUAUUACAAUACACUGACACUACCAUACACUAUAUUACAAUACACUGACACUGCCAUACACUAUAUUACAAUACACUGACACUACCAUACACUAUAUUACAAUACACUGACACUGCCAUACACUAUAUUACAAUACACUGACACUACCAUACACUAUAUUACAAUACACUGACACUACCAUACACUAUAAUACAGUACACUGACACUACCAUACACUAUAUUACAAUACACUGACACUGCCAUACACUAUAUUACAAUACACUGACACUACCAUACACUAUAUUUCAAUACACUGACACUACCAUACACUAUAAUACAGUACACUGACACUACCAUACACUAUAUUACAAUACACUGACACUGCCAUACACUAUAUUACAAUACACUGACACUACCAUACACUAUAUUACAAUACACUGACACUACCGUACACUAAUACAGUACACUGACACUACCGUACACUAUAAUACAGUACACAGACACUACCGUACACUAUAAUACAGUACACUGACACUACCGUACACUAUAAUACAGUACACAGACACUACCGUACACUAUAAUACAGUACACUGACACUACCGUACACUAUAAUACAGUACACAGACACUACCGUACACUAUAAUACAGUACACUGACACUACCGUACACUAUAAUACAGUACACUGACACUACCGUACACUAUAAUACAGUACACUGACACUAUUAUAGGCUAUACAGCGUAUUGGGGUCCCCGGACCCUAGUUUGGGAACCCGUGCACUACUGUACAGUAGACUACAUCACAGUGCUACUAGACUACAGUACUGGCUACAUAGCAUACUUCUCUCUCGUUCUCUCUCUCUCUUUCUCUCUCACCUGCUACCUGACCUAAUAUACCUGAACUCAGCUCUCUCCUUCCUGGUUCAUCAUCAGUCAAGCUAGCUAGCUAGCUUCCUCCAUGCUAAUGUAGUUUACUCCUCAUACAGGCUAGUUCACUCACCUGGGUUAGGGUCAAUCACAAUGCAGUCUUAACAAUUGAACAAUUCAUAUUGGAAGGAAGUGGCCGUUUGCAAUUGUUAAAUUAGAAUUUCAAUGUUUGACAUAGAGUAUACUAUAAACCAUAGCGAUGGCGAGAACGCCAUAGAUAGUUUUCUCUGGUAUAAACCUGGUGUAUGUGUCACCCUCAACACCUUUCUGUCCUCCUCCCCAGGACCACAACUAUGGGGCGCGCCCCCCGCCCACGCCCCCGGCCUCCCCUCCCCCCUCCAUGCUGAUCCAGCCGGGCGAGGGGCUGUUUGUGCCGGGGGGCCUGCAGGACGAGGCGUCCAGGGGCACCACACUCAGCACCUCGGAGGACGGCAGCUACGGGGCUGACAUCACCCGCUGCAUCUGUGGCUUCACCCAUGACGAUGGCUACAUGAUCUGCUGCGACAAGUGCAGGUAGGAACUGGGAAAGACCCUGGACUCCCCUUCAUCAGGUCUCAGUGCUUUAGACCACAGAGUCCAGACUGUCCUAGCAGUGAUUCAUAAGCAUUCUAGGAUUCAAACAGUGUCCAUGUCUCAUCAGUGUAUCAACCUCUCAAUGGGAUAAGUGACCCCUGUCUAGACGCCACUGUUGCAUUGUGAAUGGCUGCUGUUACUGUGUCUGACCCUCUGCCCUCUCCUCUCUCUUCUGUCAGUGUGUGGCAGCACAUAGACUGCAUGGGGAUCGACAGGCAGCACAUUCCUGAGACGUACCUGUGUGAGCGCUGCCAGCCGCGCAGCCUGGACAGAGACCGGGCCAUCGUGCUUCAGACCCGCAAGAGGGAGAACAUGUCCGGUGAGUGGAGAGAUGGUGAGAUAUAUAUAUAUAUACCUACCUCCUCCAGUCCCUCCCAGUGCGCUGCAGUAAACAGCUCUCAGAUCAGAUGGCAGUGUGAUAAAGGCUGUGUAAGUCAGUCUGCUCCAUACUGCAGCCUCUCCCCCCUGCAGGUCUGAAGCCACCCAGGCCACAUCUGACCGGCCUUGUUGUUUAGCCCAGGGUUUCCCCCCCAAUUUACCCUAUUCAAAUAAUCAAAGCUUGUGAAUGGCUGCUGUUACCACAUUUAUGAUUCAGCUGCAGGCUGACACCUGCUGGUCACAUCGAGUAAUUCAACAAUGCAGACAUUAAGAAUGGCAGACUGUGCUAUGGAAAAUCUUGUUUUUACCUUUGAGAAAUAAUUUGUCUAAAUCAGUUAGAAACAGGAAAACAUUGCUUUGGUUGGACCCUGCUGUACAAGAUACACAAAUAAACCUUUAUUACCAAUGCUUUAUUAAGGCAUACCGGUAUGUAUCUCUGCAGACGGGGACACCAGUGCCACAGAGAGUGGGGACGAGGUGCCGCUGGAGUUGUACACGGCCUUCCAGCACACACCCACCAGCAUCACACUGACCACCGGCCGCCUGGCAGGCAACAAGCAGGCCGACAAGAAACGCAAGAGGAGCGGAGACAAGGAGCCGGCCCGAGCCAAGAAGGUCUGUGUUCAAACUUCCAUUCAAACCUCAAUAGCUUCUUAUCUAGCCCCCAACUGUGCCUCUGGCCUUUACAUGUAUUUGUAAGUGGAGCAACUCUCUCCAAAAUAAGUUGUUUUGGCAUGUUUAAUUUGACAAAAAUCUGUAAAUUAGUUUUGCACAAUGUAAUGUCUCUUAAAUGGUGGUAAACCUUGUUGGUUAUGCUGUCUGCUCACUGGAGUCUCUUGUCUAACAGGCGUUCCGUGAGGGCUCCAGGAAAUCCUCCAGAGUAAAGGGUGGCGCUCCAGACAUGGAGCCAGGGGAGCACCCAUCUCUGUGGGAGAACAAGAUGAAGGCCUGGAUGGAGGCCUACGAGGAGGCCGGCAGCAACCAGUACAGCGAGGACGUCCAGAUCCUGCUCCGCGUCAAGGAGGCCGGCGACGGCAAGACCCUGGCCUACAACACACGCACGGCCGCCUUCAAACCACCUGUGGAGGUAGCUGAAACGGACACAAUGACUGACAAACAUUUGUCCUUAAAUUGCCUGAGCGGGCAGCAUCUUACCUGAUGUCCUGUUGUCUCUCCCCUCUCCAGAGCCAGGUUCAGAAGAAUAAGAAGAUCAUGAAGGCAGUGAGGGACCUGGCUCCAGACUCCCUCAUCAUAGAGUACAGGGGCAAGUUCAUGCUGCGACAGCAGUUUGAGGCCAACGGAUGCUUCUUCAAGAGGUGAGGACCCAUCUGGUGGAAACCUGAGCUCAAGUAGAAUCCUCAGCUCAAAUUUAAGUGGAAUUCUACACUCCUUUUUAUAGUUGUAUGUUUUAUUGAGACAUUUGAGAGGUAGAGGGAGAGAUCGGUAGAAGGAAGGGGUAUGUAUUUGUGUUGUGGUUCUUUCUUGGCAGUGGGCAGUAAAGUCCUCUGUCAGCUCCCGUUGAGCUCCUGGCUAUCUUCCCCAUGGCACCAUAUGGACAUCCCCAAUCUGUUACUAUGUCUGUCUGCCCUGCAUUUCAUUCAUCUCUCUCUCUCCAGGCCGUACCCUUUUGUGUUGUUCUACUCAAAGUUUGACGGUCUGGAGAUGUGUGUGGACGCCCGCAGCUUUGGCAACGAGGCCCGCUUCAUCCGACGCUCCUGCACCCCCAACUCUGAGGUGAGUGGCCAAUCGCAGACCACGAUACUAAACCUACGGCUCUAAACCCUGACCACACCCCCCAGAGCCACUAACCUCAACUUAAUGUAACUUCAUAAGUCUCAGUGGGUGCCUCAUGCUCUCUCUCUCCCUUUUUUGCUCUCUCUCUCUCUCUUUGUCUCUCUCUCUCUCUCUCUCAGGUGCGUCAUGUAAUAGAGGAUGGUAUGCUCCAUUUGUACAUUUACUCUUUGAGGUCCAUCACCAAAGGCACCGAGAUCACCAUAGGCUUCGACUAUGACUAUGGCUGCUGGUAAGCAGGGUGGAAUAUAUCACCUAGUACACACACACACACACACACACAACAAGACAAGAUUGGUCACCCUCAACCAUGUUGUCUUUCUACCUUCUCUUUCUCCUUCUCCCCCCCAUCUCUCCCUCUAUCUUCUCCCCUCUUCUCUCCUUCUCCCCCCCAUCUCUCCCUCUAUCUUCUCCCCUCUCUCCUUCUCCCCCCCAUCUCGCCCUCUAUCUUCUCCCCCCCAUCUCUCCCUCUAUCUCUCCCUCUCUCUCCCCUCCUCUCUCUCCUUCUCCCCCCAUCUCUCCCUCUCAUCUUCUCCCCCAUCUCUCCUUCUCCCCCCUUCCUCUCCCUCUAUCUUCUCCCCUCUCUCCUCUCUCCCUCUACUUCUCUCUCCCUCUCUCCUUCUCCCCCCUCUAUCCUCUCUUUUCUGCUCUUUCCCCACCCAUCUCUGAGCCCUACCUGCCCACUGACCUUGCCCCCAUCUCCCCCACGCUCCGUCAGGACAAGGGACUGCAGAUGUGUGAGGGGACCCACUGGCCCAGAACAAAAUGACCCACUGGACCAGGGCCAGGGCCUGGGGGCCGAGGCACAAGGAGCCUAUCACCCCACCUCCUGCCAAACAACAUGACGAUUCCCUGGCAACCAUCACGCAAUCCGUGUCUCCAUCACACACACACCCCCUAUCCCCAUCACACACACACACACACACACACCCUAUCCCCAUCACAUACACACACACACACACACACACACACACACACCUUAUACCCAUCACACACACACACACACACACACCCUAUCCCCAUCACACACACACCCCUUAACCCCAUCACACAGCCCUACCCCCAUCACACUUCUCUAUCACGCUCUUUGUUCAGGAUUGCCCUAUAGGAGCCUAUAAGUUGGCGUUCCCCUUAAAGACCUCUUUGUGUUAUCAUAUUUAGCUUGUUUUCCAUUUAGUUAGCGUCCAAUGUCCAUGUGUGUAGCCAUUUUUCAAUGUUUCUGUUAUGUUUGCUGUAUUUCUGUUUUAUUAGUGUUAUCCAUUAGUAGACCACUUGUAUUCUUCUAUCAUCCGUCUUGGUUCCCCCUCUCCCUGGCCCAAAGCCCACUCCUGCACCCAGCCUUCUCUCACCACUGUCAGCCGUUUGCUCUCACUGUACCGUGUAUCGCUGCUCAGAGCUGUCUGGCGUUUGGAUGGCAUUUAGCCCUCUCUGGUGGCAGAUGAGACAUGCUAUCACGCUGUGUCAUCUCUGCUGCAGUAGCUCCUGAACGCACCACUAGGCAUCCCUCUACUCAGUAUUACACAGAGAGAAAGACCUCUGUUGCUGUGCUGGUCCCCAAGGUUGUGUUCAGUAGACACCAAACGGAAGAAAACGUUCAAUGUGAAACUGGCAGGUACUAUCUGAACCUGUCCAGUAAGUCUAAUAACCCCGACCCAGGGUUGUCUAAUAACCCCGACCCAGGCCAUAGGUCUUAUCGGCAAGCAAGUUGCUUCUGUGGUAGGGACUGGUAGUUCCCACGAUGAGUGAUUUUAAGGACUGAUCUUAGAUCUGGGGGAAGCACACAGAAGGAUGGUUUAUGGAGACUGGGUAGACUGAUAUAUGGUCUAGAAUGUGAACGGUGAAGUGCGAGGCAUCGCUAUCGGACCAACACGCACAAACAAAGAAAUGCACUCGCUGAAUACAGAAGCUGUCCACAUCUGUCAUUGUGCGCAAACAGACCUUUGUGUGACCACAAGCCACCACUUGAUAUAUUACAGGGUAGUUGUUGGGAGUGGGCUCAAAACAACGCAGCACAAGGCACUACAGAAGUGAGCUUGGUCUCUCGCUCUUCUUGGAAAAGGGGGUACGGUUUGCGUUUCGCUGUCAUUCUGACUGCCUAGGACCGAAUACAAGCAUUGAGCAAGUUUGUGCACAGACAAAGCCACCAUGUCCCCAGUCAGUACCCCCAACUGUCACUCUCCCCCAGACGAUCCCCUCCCCUCUCUCUCCCUCCCCCACCUACCCCCUCGCUACUCUAGACCCUCUAGUCUGUAGCCAGACUGCCUGUGGUUGGUCAGUGCCAUGAUAAAGCGCCACCCCCCCUCCUCUCCCCCUCUAACAGGAUCGGACAGAGUUAGAGGAUGUAGAAGACCAACCUGAUAACUCGGUUAGCAGUGAAGUAGAGAUGGAGUCAGAGGAGACCAUUGCAGAGAGAAAGAGGAAGAUGGUAAGUUCAGUGUGCCAGGGCUGCAGCGCGCCCUGCUGUGUGCAGCCCAUAACCCCCCCACCCCCAUAGGAAGCUCAUCCUUGCUGGUGUGGGUCACUGUUUGUGUGGCGGUGGUUUCCCCCAUCUCCCCCCACGAACCCCCCCCCCACCUCCCUGCUACUGCUGCUGUCUCUGCCUCAUCCUGUUGCUGUGUAGCCUAGCACGCGGGGUUCACCCCCCCCCCUACUCUCUGUCGCUCACUCACUUCCUCUGGCAGAGCCCUCAAACACUGAGGCUCUGUUUUUAGUCAUCAUUAUACAUGGGUUAUUUUCCUCAUUUAUUUAAGAGUUCAUUUGCUAAACCGGUACACCACACAUUACACCAUUCCGGGCCCUCCAGAGCCACAGACCCCCCUCCUCCUCCCCUCUCAUUAGCUGAGUAUACAAGAGCCCCAGCCUCAUCACACGUAAGUACUGGAACUCUCCCUGUGUGACUGAGUAUGACCCUCACGUACAGUAUUGGCCAACUUUUGAAAUGGCCAAUUACUGUUCGCAAUCUCUCUCCUCUCCCCUGCUAAAGAGCUCUGGUGACCCGGAGAGAUGGGGUCACACACACAUACACACACUCUGGAAAUUACCCUGCCGUCAGCUCCCUUUCACACGACGAGGCCCAAGGUGUAAAGCGCUGACUCAUCAUUCUGGCCAAUGGACUGGCUCUGGCUCUGCUAAAUAGCCCAGAAAGAGGGAGAGAGAGAAGAGGGGGGGCUGGGCACAACUACUCUGUGCCAGGGCCUUAUUGACUCUGGGUAAUCCAAUAGCCUGCCUCCCUCCCUCCAAGGGAAGCUGCAAGCUGGUCCAGGAGGAGGAACCCCCUCUCUACUGUGGAAGAAAGAGCUUCUGGAUUCACUGUCCUCUGAUGUAACAGUCACCCUCUGGUCUGGUGUAUGUAUGGUGUCCAACCCUAACCACGCAUCCACAACAAUGCCCUGUCCGCAUGGGCUCUUAACACUGGGGAUGUCUGUGUGUGUUAGGCAUGGUAUUUGACCCACACUCAUAUUAAAGAUGCCAGGGAUACUGACAUGGCAUGGAACACACACACAGGUUGCACUAAGGUUCGGUUUUGGUGUUGCAGAUGGUAUGCAGUUGCUUGUCAUCAACCUUGGUGAAAGUUGGUGAUUGGGUUGGUUGCUAUUGUCUUCAUUGGUUUUCUUGCCAUGUGUCGUGGGUGCAGUAUGUGGUUUAUGACGCUGGUGAUGUGGUGAACAUGUGGCUGAGUUCCAGUGCUGGUGGGUUGUGUUGAAAUCACUGUUCAUUCAUUGAGCCCAGUAUGACUGAGAGAAUUGGAAAAAUAAAAAGUCUUCCUCCUACUGGGUAAGCUGGUGUAAGCAGACGAGGUGAAGAAGCCCUAACUGGACAUGCGUCUACAGGCAGAAGGCAGGCAUUCUCCCUAUGUGCGCCCCUCUUCUCUCCCCUCUUUGAUAACACUGUAGUGCCCAGGUCACCUCCACCCCCCCUUCGGCUGCCCACCUGUCCCAGAGGAUCCCUGUGGGUUGGCGACACACUGAAGCCCUUAGAGUGGGGAACCCUGGUGGUGUGUUUAUGUGUAUAUGUGUUAUUGGGGGGGACCCGGGCCUCUUGUCUUCUAAACCAGGCUGUCUCUCUGUAAACCAUUCAGGCCAGCCCAGCGGAGGAGUCCCAUCUGCACGGCGUGGGGGCCUCCAGCUGUCUGGGACUGAGUAAACCGGAGGUAAACUUGACCCACCAACCCCCUUCCCCCCCAAACAUACCCCCCUGCCUGCCUGCCUGCCUGCCUGCCCCUUCCACCUCAUAGGGGACCCCACUGACUGACAAACAUACUAACUGCCCCCCCCCCCCCCCACCACCUCCAUCUUCUCUCCACUGACCGGCCCUGUGGCAGACCCCAGUGUGUCUCUGCUACUAGGGGUGGUAAAGCUAGUGUUGGUGCCCUGUCUGGUGGAGGCAGCCGGAGUGUUAUAAAAACCUUUCCCUGGCUCAUAUACACACACCCUGAAUGGUUUGGUAAGGGUCUAAUGUUACUUUCCGACCUCCCAGUUCCAUGUUGUUUUGUCUGACAUCUCUCACAUCAACAGGGUUUUGACUUGUUCCAUCUCCGUUGUUUUUGUCUCCAUUGGAAGGGAAAAUGUUUUUUUUUUUUUUUCUGUCAUUCUGUGGCACUGUUGUUUAUUUCUGCCAGCUAGCUAGCCAGACUGCCUCUUGCCUGUCCUGUGUUGCGAUAACGUGUCCCUCCCCCUCUAGGCCCAGUGGAGCAGGAGACUAACACUUACCACUUUGUCCCCCUCUCUCCUUUCCCCCUCCGCUACAGACCCGUGAAGAGAGGAAGAUGGAGGCCAUCCUGCAGGCCUUUGCCCGCAUGGAGAAGAGGGAGAAGAGGCGGGAGCAGGCCCUGGAGAGGAUCGGCACCAAGUCAGAGGGGGGCAUCAAGGAGGAGCCCCCUGCCACCCCCGAGGCUGACAUGCAGUCUCCUAGUAUCAUGACGGUAAGCGCACGCACAACCACACAUCACUGAUAGUUGACUCAACAUUGGUUACACCAGGUCAUUAGUAUAAAAGAGAAUGUUCUCAAUAAUCUAAAGGUAAUUAUAAACCCAUCCAAAACUAUGCUACUGUACUCUAUCCUAACCCGGUCUCUCCCUGUCUGUCUGUCUCUCCCAGCCCCUGCUAGAGGUGAAGGAGGAGCCGGGUCUCAACAAGCCCACGCCGGCCAAGCUGCGAGGCAGCAAGCAGAGGAAGAGCUUCUCGCGGAGCCGCACCCACAUCGGGCAGCAGCGGCGGCGAGCGCGCACCAUCAGCACCUGCUCUGACAUACCUCCCGGCUCGCCCGGGGAACUCCUGGACCCCCUGGCCAAUGACGGCCCAGACGGAGAGGCCUCCAGGGACCCCGAACCAGAGGCCCUCUCCUCCCAUGCCCCCGACACCAGCCCCCCUUACAGUGGCUCCCCGGCCCCCGACAGAAACCGCUCUGGGCAGAAGUACCCCAAAACUAAAAAGGUACCCUACCCACGGCUCAGUGCUCACCCCUAAACACGGCUAGUCACUAUUCUAUUUCGACUUAGAGGAAUGUUAUAUUCCUACUAGUGAAAUGUCACUCAAUACUAUAAUCAAAUGCAGUUUGCUUGUGACUAAAGCUCUCUCUUUCUCUCUCUACAGCACUUAGUGAGUGAGUGGUGCGUCGACAAGCAUGAGCGCUCAUUGCGGACCCCAGAGCCGGCCCCAGAGAGGCCCCUGAGGAUCAGCAGCGACCCGGAGGUGCUGGCCACCCAGCUCAACGCCCUGCCCGGCAUGGGCCCCAGCCCGCACGUCUACAGCACGCCCAAACACUACGUCCGCUUCUCCUCGCCCUUCCUGGCCAACCGCAGCCCCACCACCCCUGGGGUGCCCACCGGACGCCGGCGCUCCCGCGAGCUGCCCGACACGCCACCCACCACAGGCUCCUGCAAGAAGGUAUGUUGUUCACCCCGCAGGGGAAUGGAGAGAGUGUUAGCUGUCAGGUAUAGCUGCAGGGUAGAGACAGAACGACAGUAUUACCAGCAGAGAGACGGACUGACAGUAUUACCAGCAGAGAGACGGACUGACAGUAUUACCAGCAGAGAGACGGACUGACAGUAUUACCAGCAGAGAGACGGACUGACAGUAUUACCAGCAGAGAGACGGACUGACAGUAUUACCAGUAAAUGUAAUUGUAUUUCUGGUUGACAUGUCUAAGUCGCCUCCCUCCCUGUCUUCUCCCCACAGCGCUGGUUGAAGCAGGCUCUAGAGGAGGAGACCACCACCCCUCCACCAAGCAGCGGCCAGCCCACCCUGGUCAUGCCCAGCGAGGGCCCUCUCAGCCCCCCUAUCAACGGGGACUCUGACAGCCCCCUCCCCUACAACGGCUGCUGCACCUUGCCAGGUGAGGACUCUGGUGAGGACUCAGGAAUGUGUGUGUGGGAAUAUGUUUGUUAUAACUUAUAAGGAACAUAAAUCUUGUAUGCAAGUGUGUGUGUUUUUUUGUGCAUGUGAGUGACACUUCCUCCGUGUGUGUGUGUGUGUGUGUGUGUGUGUGUGUGUGUGUGUGUGUGUGUGUGUGUGUGUGUGUGUGACAUACAGAGUUGCCCACUCCUCUGAAGAAGCGGCGUCUGGGUAUGUGUCCGCUGGAAGCCUGCAUGUCAGAGAGCUCCACACCCUACUGCUCUCCCUGUGCCACGCCAACCCGGGCCGACCUAUCAGAGACGCCGGGUACGCCCCUCCUGCUGGCCACGCCGCCCCGCAUCACCCGUACGGAGGAGCCGAGCCCUGAGCCUCUACCCAGCACCCCCACACACACACUCAGUGCCCAGCAGGAAGUAAGACAGACACACUCGCCUACACACACACACACACACACACACACACACACACACACACACACACACACACACACACACACACACAGAGGGAAGUGAACAGUUUGUUAUUAUCUCUUUUCCUGUGUCCACAGAGCGAGUCUUCCCUGGACAGCUCACCGGAGGGCAGUCGCAGACCCAGCACCCAAGAGGCUGAGCUGCCCCCUUCGCUGCUCUCCUCCCCCUGUGUAGCGGUCAGGGCUCCCAGUCUGGACGUACUGCCCCCCCUUGAGGCCAAGGCCAGUGCCCCCCUGAGCCCCCAGCCCCCCACCGCUGAGUCCCAGGACUGUGGGGGAGAGGAGGGGCCAGAGACGGGGACAGGGGCCGAGGACAGCAGCGAGGCCCCCUCCUCCUCCACAGACCCAGCCUCAUCCUCCCUCCUUCCCCCCUGGAUGAAGAGUCCAGAGAGAGUAGGUCUGUCAGGGCCAGGGGGUCUGUCCUUCUCCCCCAUCAACUCUAACCUGAGGGACCUUACCCCCUCACACACCCUGGAGCCCAUCUUGGCCUUCAGGCCUGAGGUGGUGGCUGUGGCCGGGGCUGGUGUUGUGGCCGGGGCAGUGACAGUACCAGUACCCUUGGCAGCAGGACCCUUCACAGAGGCUGCAGGGUCUCUCUUCUACCCCUGCCCUGAGGAGGGGGGAACCCUGGGCUUCUCUCGUUCACUGAGUGGAGACAGCACUGGAGAGGGAGGGUCAGGACAGAAUCCCCCACAGAAGAAAAAGGUGAACUGCUGCUAUUCAUCCUGCCCAUUCAAGCUGUGUUAAGGUUCCUGGACUGACAAAGGAAUGUCUGUUUUCUGAUGUCGUGUGAUGUCAUGUGUUUUCCCAGGUGUCUUUGCUGGAGUACAGGAAGCGUCAGCGCGAGGCGCGGCGCAGCGGCUCCAAAAUGGAAUGCAGCUCGCCUAUCUCUACAACACCUACCCUAGUGGAGAUUUUCCCUCUGCCCAUGGAGACCACCCAAGAGCCUCCACCCCUGGCUCCUGCUCCGGCCCAAGCUUCAGUGGCCCCUGCUGCAGUGGCCCCCACCCUGCCUGAGUCAAAGACCCCCCAGCCCAGCGAUGACACAGAGCCCCCCGUCGAGGGGGAGAGAGAGGGGGGAGAAGGACAGUGGACAUCGUCCACCUCGGUGGAGCAGGCAAGAGAGCGUGGCUACCACAGAGCCCUGUCACUUAGCGACCACAGCAAGGACAAAGGUACACACACACACACACACACCACUUGGACAUAACUUCUUUACGGAUCUUAGUUUAAUUGUAAUAAUGUAUGCCUGUGUGUGCUUGUUACAGAUGGAGAGACCGAGGGCAGUGAGGCCCCAGUCAGAGAUUGUUCAUCUCCUAGCCUGCAGAAGACCCCAACCCACACAGUAAGAAACACUCUGCUUUCUAGCACUAACAAUAGUGUGAAGUACAUAAUGCUGCCAAACACAGCCAUCUCUCAGCCUAUGAUGUAGGCCAGGGGUCGACAACAGGCGGCCAGUGGGCCAAAACCGGCCCGCCAAGGUUUAUAGGGUUUUAGUUUUUGGUCAGAAAAGACCGUAAUAUUCAGCUAAAAAUGAGUUUAAUUUAGGAAAUCUGUUCCCAAGUAUUCCCACAAAAAAACUAAUGUAGUCUCAAUGUAGUCAAGGUAUGAAAUUAUUCUCUUACAAUCUCUUUUUGGGCUUAGUUGUAGUCAAUUUGCAGUGUGCCCCUCAAACAAAAAUCGUCCCUGGCUGAAUGUAGUUGCCUACCCCUGAUGUAGACGGUUAUUGUUCAUGACUUACCCGUUCCCUCCCUCCGUCUCUCUCUCCCUCCCUAGCCGUGUUCUCCUGGCCCCAGCAGCCCGUCCCAGCCUGCCAGUCACCCAGUGAAGGAGGAGGAGAGUGACAGCCGGCCUCGUACCCCCUCCCAGGCCGCCUCACAGCAGCCCAGCAAGCCUGCUGUACCCAAGACAGCCCCCCUGACCCCCACCAAGCUGCACCCUGCUGCCCCCUACUCUGCCCCCUCACUCCUCCACUCCCCCAAGCCCCAGGCCCAGGGCUCCCCUUACCGCAGCCAGAGGGCCUUCCUCUUUGCUCCUCCUCAGACCCAGCCCCAGGCUCAACCAGGCCCGGCCCCCUUCUCCCAGUACAGCCCACAGUCCGCUCCGCCUCCCCCUCCUCCCCCAGCACCUCCAGCCUCAGAGGCCUACUUCCCCAGCCAGUCAGCCCUCGCCGUGGGGCCCUUCUCUGGGUUCAAGUCUGCCGUGACGUCCCCCUUCCCCCAUGGAGCCCAGCCCCUCCUGCAGACUCUUCCUCCCCACGCCCUGCACUACCAGACCUCUGCCACUCCCCCUCCUCCUCCUCCUCCCCCACCACAACACCCUGGGCCCGGCUCCGCCCUGAUGCACGUUAACCUGCAGCCUCCUCCAAUCCAGCAGCACCAGCUCCUCCUGACCACCUCCCCCCAGUCGCCCCUCCCUCCCCCUCCGCCCCCUCCCCCACAGGGCCAAACCCACCAGCAGCAGCUGCAGCAGUCCAGUGCCAGCACCCUCCUGUCACUCAACCAGGGCCUGCCUCCUCCUCCACCCCCACCUCCUCCUCCUGCCUCCUCCACCAGUGCCCCCAUGCAGGUGCAGGCCUCUCACCACUUUCAGAACAUGGGGGGCUUUCCUACCCCGCUGAUGCACACCGGCGGCACCGCUAACCCCUCGGUGCCCCCCUCCACCUACCCCCCGCCCCACCAGCAGACUGGACUGCCCCCCCCUCCUCCUCCUCCUCCCCAGCAGCAGACUCAGCCGGCCCAGGCCACGCCCACCGCCACUCAGAUGCCCAGCGGGACACGUGGGGCCCCUGCGUCCCCCGCCCCCUUCCACAACGCUGGGUACCUGGGCACGGGGUGGCACUGA